AUGGCAGCCGAAGAAAUCCUCCCACUUUUUGAUCUCUUCUGGUUCCAACGGGCAAUUUUCGCCAGCAAACCGCUUCUGAAAACCCACUCCUCGGCGCCGGAAAUCCACUUCCAGAGCUCGGAAAGCGAGUAUGCUGUCAGCUCCUCAAAGAAUUUCCCAGCUUCCAAAACCGCCGUUCACUCUGCCAAUAAUCAAAAGCUAGAAACCAUUGUUUCCGGUAAGGUAAGGGACUUUUCCGUUGAAGGGAAUAAUGAAAAGAUGAAAAUUAGAGGGAAAGUGAAAGGGUUGAGUAAGAGUUUAUCAGAGUUGGAAUUUGAAGAAUUGAAAGGAUUUAUGGAUUUGGGAUUUGUAUUUAGUGAAGAAGAUAAAAAUGAUACAAAUUUGGCUUCAAUAAUUCCUGGGUUACAAAGAAUUGGCCAAAAAAAAGAGGAAAAACAAAAACAGAUUGAAGAUGGAAUUUUGAAAAGGCCAUAUUUAUCCGAAGCUUGGGAAGAUGUUGAGAAAGAAAAUGAUAAGAAAAGGAUUUUGAUGAAAUGGAGAAUUCCAAGUUUAGGAGCAACUGAAAUGGAUAUCAAACAUCAUCUCAAAUCUUGGGCUCAUACAGUGGCUUCAACUGUCAGAUAA